AUGAAAGUAGAGGAACUUAUUAUCGAUGGGUUUAAAUCAUAUGCAACGCGUACCGUUAUUUCAGGAUGGGAUCCUCAGUUUAAUGCUAUAACGGGACUUAAUGGUUCAGGGAAGUCUAAUAUUUUGGAUGCGAUUUGUUUUGUUUUAGGAAUUGCCUCUAUGUCAACUGUCAGAGCCUCGAACUUGCAGGAUCUUAUUUACAAGAGAGGACAAGCAGGAGUAACUAAAGCUAGUGUAACAAUUGUCUUUGAUAACGACGAAAUAUUAAAGUCGCCCAUAGGGUUCGAAAAUUGUCUGAAAAUAAGUGUAACUAGACAAAUCAUUCUUGGGGGCUCAUCAAAAUAUUUAAUAAAUGGACAUAAAGCCCAACAGCAGACGGUACUUAACCUUUUUCAAUCAGUUCAGCUAAAUAUCAACAAUCCCAACUUUUUGAUUAUGCAAGGAAAAAUUACAAAAGUUCUAAAUAUGAAACCAUCUGAGAUAUUGUCAUUGAUUGAAGAAGCGGCAGGAACAAGAACUUUUGAGGAGAGAAAAGAUCGAGCGCAGAAAACAAUGGCAAAGAAGGAAUCGAAAUUGAUCGAAAUAAGGAGUUUAUUGAGGGAGGAAAUAGAGCCCAAGUUGGAAAAAUUGAGAAGUGAAAAGAGGAACUUUCUAGAGUAUCAGCAAAUAAGAACAGAUUUAGAAAAGUUAUCCAGAAUAGUAGCGGCACACGAUUAUUUAGAUUACUCCAAAAAGUUUGACAAGUAUUCCACCCUCCUCAAUGAACGAGAAUCUAUAAUGACGAAUUAUAAUAGAGAUGUCGAAAAACUUAAUUUUGAAAUCGAAAACUUGAAUAAUGACCUCAAUGAGGCGAAAAUGAAGAGGGAUCAGGAGUUGAGGGAAGAUGGUAAUAUUAAGGAACUCGAAUUAUUGGAAAACAAUACUUCAGAUGAGAUAACAAGGCUCAAUACUUCAGAUGAUAUUUCAAGAGAAAACAUGAAGGACGAAAUAAGAAAGAGAAAAAAGCUCGAAGAACAGAUGAAAUUAUUGCAAGAAAAUUUAGAAAAUAAUAUGGAUGUUUACAGUAAAUAUGAGGCAGACUACCAAAAUGCAAAGAACCGAUUAUCACAUUUAGAGGAAGAAUUUAACAAGAAAGAAGAGCUUUUAUCGACCUUAUCAACUGGUAUUUCAUCAAAAGGAGGUGCAGAAGGUGGCUAUAUGUCACAGCUUAAAGAGGCAAAGGAAAAAUUAAACCAAUCGACAAACAUAAUCAAACAAGCCACAUUGAAAAUAAAUCACAUAUCAAAUCAGUUGAAGAACGAUAAACCGAAAUUAGAAAAAGCCAAGCAGGAGAACAGAACCUUGACACAGGAACUUGAACGCUACACGAAUGAAAUUAGCAAAAAGGAAGAUGAACUAUCACUGCUCGGUUAUGACAAUGACAAGAUCUCACAAUUGAGAAAAAGUGAGCAAGAUCUUCAAAGAAAUAUCAAUAAACUUAAUAAUGAUUUAAAUUCAUUAAGACGAGAAGUUGGAAGCGUAGAAUUCACAUAUUCGCCACCUUGCACUAAUUUCAACGAUAAAAGUGUUAAGGGUACAGCAGCGCAACUUUUCACGUUAUCGGAAUCCGCGUCCGAUAAAGCUUUGGCGCUUCAAGUAUGUGCCGGCGGAAGGCUAUAUAACGUGAUUGUGGACACUUCUGAUGUCGCUGCCCAGUUGCUAGAGAAGGGUCAAUUGAGAAAGAGAGUCACCAUCAUCCCGCUUGAUAAGAUAAGUGCUCAUACUAUUAGUGAAAAGUCUGUGAAUUAUGCUAAGAAGUUAAAACCUAACAAGGUAGACUUAGCGCUAAACAUGAUUGAUUUUGAAGACGAGCUUACGAAAGCUAUGCAAUAUAUUUUUGGAACCACAUUUAUUUGUAACGACCCCGAAACUGCUAAAGUAGUAACCUUUGAUCCCAAUAUUAGAGCAAGAUCAAUUACACUUGAAGGAGAUGUGUAUGAUCCUGAAGGAAAUUUAUCUGGAGGAUCAAGAAAGAACAACUCUUCUAUUCUUAUUACCAUGCAAAAGUAUAACAAUUUGAGCAAACAAAUCGAAAAGUUGGAGAUAGAAUUGACGCAAGUUCGGGCAAGCCUUCACUCAUUUGAAGCUCUUGGGGCCAAAACAAAAGCGUCAAGAAAUCAACUUGAGCUUCUCAAACAUGAGUCUGAACUACUUGCUAGGAAAUUGGAUAACAGUCCGUGUUCUUUAGAUUUGAAAAAUUUUGCGAGAUUAGAGGAAGAGUUGAAGGAACUUCAGGAUCAAAUAAAGAAUGAAGAGGAGAAUUCAAAAAGGUACGAUUUAGAAAUCAAGUCAACUGAAAAAGAUAUGAAGGAGUUUAGUAGCGAUAAGGGGUCCAAAUUGAAAAAGCUACAAGUAGAAGUUGACAAGAUGAGAGAUACACUAGUGAAACAACAGGAACAGAUUGACCAUCAAUCAGAAAAAUACCAACUGAUUCAACUUGAGAACGAGCAGCUCAAAACUGAUUUGGUCAAUCUCAAGGAGAAUUUACAAACUUCCAAUGUCACUAUACUGGAACUUGACGAGCACUUGAGCUCCUUAGGUGUUAAGAUCAAAGAACAAACUGCAAUUUUGAAAAAUAUAAGGGUGGAAUUGGAAGAAAAGAAAGCUAAUUUACUUGGGUUGAGUGAAGAAGUUAAUGAAUUAAAAGAAAUUAUAAAGGUCAAAAAUGAAAAGUUGAGCGGGAUAAAAUUAGAAAUCCAAAAAAUGAAUCAUGAGCUAGAGAAGUCGUCCUCUAUCACAGAAAAUUUGAGAAAGCAUUUGGAUGAGCUUAUUCAGGAACAUGAGUGGGUUACUGACUCUAACGUAUUGGAUAAUAUUGUACAAAAUUAUCCUCACAUUAAUUUAGAGGAAUGCCACGAGCAAUGUACUGUAUUGCAAGAGAAAUAUGAGGUUUUGAAACGUAAGGUCAACACAAAUAUCAUGAGCAUGAUUGAUAAUGUUGAAAAGAAAGAAACUUCAUUGAAGCAGAUGGUCAAAACAAUUGAAAAAGAUAAAACAAAGAUAGUCAACACAGUUGAAAAGCUUAAUGGAUACAAACGUGAUACAUUGAACACAACAUACCAAAAGGUGUCCGUUGAUUUCGGUAAUAUUUUUGCAGAUUUAUUACCAGGAUCCUUCGCCAAAUUAGUCCCUGUUGAUACCCAAGACGUCACCAAGGGUCUAGAAGUAAAGGUUAAACUCGGAAAUGUUUGGAAAGAGAGUUUAGUGGAGCUAUCAGGCGGCCAAAGGUCCUUAAUUGCGCUAUCCUUAAUUUUGGCAUUGUUGCAAUUUAAACCUGCGCCCAUGUAUAUUUUGGACGAGGUUGACGCAGCAUUAGACUUAUCACACACGCAAAACAUCGGUCAUUUGAUUAAAACAAGAUUUCAUGGUUCUCAAUUCAUCGUCGUAUCUUUAAAGGAAGGCAUGUUCACCAAUGCUAAUCGAGUUUUCAGAACGAGAUUCCAAGACGGCACAUCAGUUGUUUCUGUAAUGUAG